AUGCCUCUGUCUGCUAGUUUGUCAGUUCCUCCAAAUGUCACUAGCUUGCCUAUCCCUAAUUUUCCUGCCCACCAGAAUUACCCUAUGGAACGAUUGACACAAACCUUAGCCCAAACUUCUCUUGUCCCACCAACUGCUCCCACUACUCAAGCCAUUAAUUUCCAAUAUUCAACGGGAAAUGAGAUACCACAGGGACCUACUGCAUUUGAAAAAGGAAAGGGAAAAGUAGAAGAUGAGAAGUUUUCUUUAAUUAAAGAAAGGUUACGAGCAAUUGAGGGGUUGAACAUGCAUGGAUCAGUCGAUGUGUCUGCAUUGAGAUUGGUUCCCGAUGUGGUUGUCCCCAAGAAGUUUAAGGUUCCUGAGUUCGAGAAAUACAAUGGAACUUCUGACCCACGUAUUCACUUAACAACAUACAUAGCAAAAAUGUCUGCACUAACUGAGGAUGACAAGCUCCUCAUCCAUUUCUUUCAUGAAGGACUUACUGGGUCAGCUUUACGCUGGUAUGUUCAGUUAGACAGGAGUAAGCUGCAUGCAUGGAAAGAUUUAGCAGAUGCCUUUCUUAAGCAGUAUAAGUUCAAUUGCGAUGUAACCCUAACUAGAAGGGAUUUACAGAAUCUACUACAGAAGGAGUGGGAAUCUUUCAAAGAGUAUGCUCAGAGAUGGAGAGAGAAAGCGGCAGAGGUGUACGCCUUUGUGAUUGAUCAUGAACUUUGCUCCUUAUUCAUUGAAACUCUGAAGGCACCUUACUUUAAUAUGAUGAUUGGUACUACUUCUAAUAGUUUUGCGGACAUAAUACAGACUGGGGAAAGGAUUGAAGCAAAUCUGAGACUAGGAAGGUUGCAAGAAAUAGCAGGGGAGGGUACUAUGAAAAAGGCUACUAAUCCUAAUAGAAGGAAAGAAGGAGAAGUGCAUAUUGUAACUCUUGGCAGCUAUCAGCCUUUUUUUCCCAGAGGCAAUUUUAGCCCAAGAUUCCCCAAUCAAACUCCCAUGGUAACUCCAAAAAGCCCAAUGAUUGCAAACAUUCCUCAUAUAUACAACCAGCCAUCAUUCCAAACCUAUCCUCAAUAUCAACAAAUUCCUCAUCCCCAAAACCAAUACAUCCCUAGACCAGUAAAUCAAUUCCCCAGACCACCACUACAAGUGAAUCAAAAUAACUUUAGGCCCCUAAGAAAUUUAAAUCCUCCACUUCCUAUGCCUUUGAGCGAUAUUUAUCGCUACCUACGGAGUAUAAACCAAAUUUUGCCCAUUCCCAUGGACCCCAUUCAGCCUCCAUACCCAAGAUGGUAUAAUGCCAAUGCUAAGUGUGAUUACCAUGCUGGGGCAAUUGGCCACUCUAUUGAUAAUUAUUUUAAGUUUCGAGGUGUAGUAAAUGCUCUCAUUCGGAAUGGUUGGUUGAAAAUUGAAGAUGAGGGGACAUCUCUGAAUGUAUCGACUAACCCUUUACCCACUCACGGGGUUAGAAAUAGUGGCCAAGUAAAUAUGGUGGAAUUCAAAAGAGGGGAACAAAUUGUAAAAAUAGAAUAG